AUGGUUUGGUUUAUCUUUUUGUUGCAUUAUCCUUUUCUGAUCGACGCAUGGCAAGCUCCACCAGAUGUUCGUGUGUUUGUGAAGAAAGCUCCUGAUCACAGUAAGCUUGUUCUGAGCUGUCUGGCCACUGGUUUCUACCCCAGAGAUAUUGAGAUGAACAUCAGAUGGGAUGAAUCCGUUCUUGAGAACCAAACCUCAUCUGGAAUCAGACCCGAUGACGAAGGAUCCUUUCAGAUGAGAGUCAGUGUGGAGAUCGACAGAAACCUCGGAGGGUUUUAUGACUGUGUGGUCAUUCACAGCGGUCUGACUCAGACACGAGCGGUUUUAACCGUGUGGACCGUAUAUAACCAAACAUUUACAGAGUCUCUAUGGUCUGUCACAGCUGGGAUAUCUGCAGCCCUGGUUAUAUUCCUCCCUGUGAUUGGUUGCUGCAUCAAUCAAUCAACCAAUAGAAAAUCUGAAAAGCUCUUGAUGUGAAGUGACCCAAUUAUGUUGAAGUUGGAGUGACUGAUAUAUAUACAAGCAAGAGCAUCAAAUGUUACUCUAUACAAAUACAUGUGGUCCCCAGACUGGAGAUGGUUUCUUUUCAGUUUUGAGUCUGUGUAAAACGUGCUGUCUUGUGUCCAAUAGUAUUAUUAAUAGUAUUCCUCGCAUGCUGCAUCAUGAUUCGCUCAGCUGCAUGAACACUAGUGAUAUACAGGGAUCCUGUAACUUGAAUAAUGAUGAUCGUGGCGUUGGCAGGAAUCCCAAAUCAUGGGUUUGAUUCAGGGAUCAAAUAUAUAGACUGAAUGCAAUGCAAGUCUUAUUGAAAGAAGUGUCUGACUCUUGCAAAACAUGUCUGUUUGGACAACGUGUUGUAUUCAGUUUGCAAUAUCAGAAAUAAACGUCUGAAGUGUGAA